CAACUACGAAAAAGUCCACCAGUGUCAAACAGAGGCUCAGUGUCUGCUAUUGGAGGCGCGAGUUAUUUAGCCAUCCGUUACUAUCAUCUGCUCUGUGCGAUUAGAAUCCCAAAUUGCGGGCUUGUACUCCUGGUGUUUUCUGUUAAAGUCAUCCUUUAUCACUCUCACCACCUUGAGCUCAGGUUAUCUAUGCGAUUCUUUGUCGAAUGAGCCGCUCGCGGGAAUUGUCCCAGACGGUGGACAUUGGGGUGGGACAGCCAUCAUGCUGAGCACUUCUGCAAACCCGACUCAGAAGUCGCUCGCCCCGCAACCAGGCGCAUCCACCAAUGCUUCGGUCACAACAUCCCGCACAAGCCUCGAACGUGAAGGACUCCGUCCACCUGCCUCAACAGAUGGGGGACGCAACUUGUCCGCCUCGGCGGCGGUAUCGUUUGCACCACGCGGUUCUUCUCUCAACCCUUCGCCAGUACCCGGAAGCUUCAGUUCCGAUCUUCGCAGUCAGAUGACGGCGUCAAGAGCAGGGUCCAGGGCGGACGUGUACAACUUGGAGAAAUUGGACGAGGAAAGCCUGUCUGCGGCAGAGCAGGCGCUGAACGAACUCAAGGAAUCCCUCAACCGCGAAAUGAAGAUCAAGGAGGGCAGCGAGAAUCUUCUAGAAGCACUGAAUGUGAAGAAGGCAAAGCAGACCAAGGACCAACGACAGCGGGUUGAGGCCGAGUUAAACUUGUCCAACCACAAGAUCAAGGAGCUACGGCAGAAGAUCACUGAUGCACAACGGGCAAGAGCCCCUCCACCGGCUACGCCAACAAGACAACGGCCUGAGGCUGCGACGCAGAACAGUGGCCUGAGAUCGCCCCCGAGCGCUUCCAGGAGCCGGGCAGGGUCGGACUUUGAGGAUCCCGUGGAGCAGUCCCCGACCUUUGCGCUCGCCGAGAUCUUGCAGGCGCUCGAGGUUGAGGGACUAACACCCGAGUACUACGUGGGCCGUGCAAAUAGCUUGGUCGAUCUAUUCAAGAGACAUCCUACACUGAAGUAUGACCUGGUGUGGUCAGUCUUUGGCGAUCGGAUGCAGGUCAUGCUCUUGAGUGAUAGUAGGGAAGUAGUGGCUGCCGGGUACCGCAUGAUACGCUACGCCAUUUCAGACGUCUCCUCCCUCAAGAAGAUACGUAGCCUAAACACGGAUUAUAUGGUGGUCGUGUCAUUAGCUAAGGAUCGAAAGGCCGAUGUUGAACGAGAGCAAGCCCUGAAAUUUGUCCGUGCUUUCCUGGACGUCAAAGACGGGGUUCGGGAAGUGUCCAGAGCAGUCGUAAGGACCAUCGCCGCAGUUGCUGAACAUGCCGAAGACAGGUUGCGACCCAUCUGCAUUGAGACACUUGCCGAAAUACUGCUCAGAGAUGCAGCAUUGCUGACAUCUUGUGGGGGUUUGACACCUCUGUCAGAGGCCCUAGCUGAAGGUACAUACAAGGCCCCAGAAUCACUAGCAUCUGCUUUACUGUACUUGCUCGAUCGGCCUCAGACGCGGAAGUAUUUACGCUCCGGCUGUGAAUUGGAGGUUCUGUUCAUCGCUUUUACCGACGUCCUUUUCUCAUACGAGAACGUCGUGAAGCAGAAUUCGAAAGCAAUUGCGGCCUCAUUGAAGUCAUGGUCUGGUCUAAUGACUCUGUCCAUGUAUAACUUCAGAGCGGUUAGGUCCCUUGUCUCGAGCCUGAUGUUACCAAACCCGGCGAUUCGAGAAACGGUCAUCGAUCUGCUUUUUACACUGCUUCGAAUCAAGCCACCAGCCUGGGCCACGUCGUUCCUGGCUGGGAGACGACUGACUACCUAUGGGAGGGUAGCCACUCUGAAGUCCACAACAGUGGCGAAGGGCACUACGUUUUAUGAAGAUGACGGUGCAGAACAUAGCUUUGUAGAACACUACACCGCCUUACUGUUGGCCAUUUUCAUCAGAGCUGGCAUGUUGCCCAAUUUGCUGCACGUGGCGCAGGACAUGGACAACCCCCCUUUGAAGCGCAAGACGACCUUGCUCAUUGGCGAAGUCCUGAAGUUGGCCAGUCGGCUGCUUCCCCCAUCUUGGAGCGCCGAGCUUCAACUUCUACCUGAACUUUUCUCUGCUGCAGUGGAAUUUCAGCACGAUGGACGCUUCAAUGCGACGGGUGUUGUUUAUCAGAUUAGCAGCGUCAGCCGUACGCUUUAUCGGUCAGCUCCUUCCAGCUUUGCUGCCGGCAACAUUCCGUCAAGCAGCACCUUAGAGCACCUUGGGUCCAUUGAGGAAACGCCGAAGAACAGCACGCUGGUCAAUACAGACGAUGCAACAUUCCGUCAACUUCUGAUAGAUUCGGGCGUCCUGAGCAGCUCGAAUCCUCUGAAGUGGGAUUGGGAUGUCACACUCAAAAUCAUUGAAGGCCCUCUCAUGAAUGGUAAACGCCUAGAGGAAGCCAUCAAAGCGUCCAAGUUCGUGAAGAGAACCGUGAGUUUUUUCAGGCCUUUUAAGUACAGGUUCUCGACAUACAAGAGCACCCGAAAUACACAGAAGUACGUCAGAGUUGGUUGCGCUCUCAUGCACACACUCCUACAAACUCCAGAGGGGACCCGAUACUUGGCCGACAACAAACUGCUGCGGCAAAUUGCCGAGUGCCUGGCCCAGUGCGAUCCAACCAGCGGUCUUACAGCGCAGUAUCCGAUGUUCUCUAAAGAUCACCUCAGCGAUACCCUAUGUUCGGGUUACUUCCCCAUGUUGGGGGUUCUCAGUGGUGAUCCGAAGGGACUGCAAAUGCUUGAGAGGUGGCGCAUCUUCAACAUGAUGUAUCACAUUGUUGACCUCAAGCAGCGACCCGAUCUUAUCAAGCUGCUGUUGAGCAAUUUUGACUAUAGCCUGCAGGGGCACCCUCGAGUCCUGCUUUCCAAGGCAUUGACAGCCGGUACGAAGGACAUGCGCAGCCACGCCACAAACGUGCUUAGGAAGUACGCUACGAGGCAGCAUGUGACUCCGUCGGGCCAGGUGGUCUCUGAUUCCAAAUGGGCCAUACAGCUUCUGGUGACACAACUCUAUGACCCUGAAGUGGAGGUAUGUGCCACAGCGGUCAAGAUCCUCGAAAAGGCUUGCAACAAUAAGUACCUGCUUGAAUACAUUGUCGAGUGCCGCCCAGCGCUGGACCAUCUGGGCGAGAUAGGCGCCCCCCUGCUCCUGCGGUUCUUGUCUACCUCGAUUGGAUACCAUUACCUCGAUGGACUGGACUACAUCAGCAACGAGAUGGAUGAUUGGUUCCUCGGUCGUAAUGACAACUACGUUGGGCUGAUCGAAGCAAGUCUUGCUCGGUCAUUUAUUGACACCUCAGACGAUCACCCAAAUCGCCUCAGCAUGUAUGAGGAUGACUUGGAUGGGGAUCAUGACAUCUUUGUCCCGCCUCACUUCUACCGAGAACUCACACGCACCAAGGAGGGCUGCAGGCUACUGGAGGGCAAAGGUCACUUCGAGGAAUUUGCAACAACGGUUCGCGAGCAUGGAAUGCAAUCAGAAGACCCAGAGAUCAUGACCAAAGUCAAGGGAUGUCUGUGGGCCGUGGGUAAUGUCGGAUCCAUGGAGCUUGGAGCACCCUUCCUGGAAUCCAGUGACGUUGUCGAGCACAUAGUCAAAAUUGCAGAGACACACGAGGUGAUGAGCUUGCGCGGUACCGCCUUUUUCGUGCUCGGCCUCAUCUCCAGGUCGGUGCAUGGGCUCGAAAUCCUCUCGGAGCAUGGUUGGGAUUCCAAUUGCACUCCCUUGGGCAUCUCGCUCGGCUUUUGUCUGCCGAUGAAUCUCUCUAAAUUCUUCUCUUUCAAACCUUGGAAGCACGAGACCGUUGCCUCUGUUGCACUUCCUGAUACUCAAAAAACCGUCGUGCCACCACCACCGCCAGUGAUGAGAGAUGCAGAUGAAACCAACCAGAGGAUACUGGAGCUCAUGGUGGAGAUGGGCAACAUGGUGCUCUACAAGAAGGCGAAGAUGGAGUUGAUGAUGCUGAGACAAAAGAAGGCCCCUGGCUUCAGGCAGCCAGCCCUGUUCCGAAAAGUCUUCUCACUCCUGGAAAACCAUCACUACCGUCUAGGCGACCGACACAUGGUUUUCGAGUUGUUCGACAAGAGCGUGCUCAGGCAGAUAGUCUAUGGCGACGACAGUGAGGAUGAAGUCGAAAGCAGCUCGGGGGACGAACAGAGGACGGAGCGGCAGAGGAGCAUCAGUGAUCCGUCCGAGGUGGACAAGUUCAUGGCAAAAAUGCCCAAGGGCUCGAUCUAAGACAAGAGGGAUCUUGUCGAAUCAGGAUACGACGAUGCGCAGCCUCCAAAAGGGGGUCCCUUCAAUUGUAACAGUAGCGCCAGAUGACACAGGAAAGGGGAAAGAGAGGGGCCUUGAUCUAGCUUUGCAUAUAUAGUCGUCCAGGUGGGCGAAGGCUGCGGACAGCCGGCGUUUGAGAGAGAGAGAGAGAGAGAGAGAAAGAGAUUCGA